CUGACAAUGAUGAUGAUGACCCAAGCCUAGAUGGGAGCAGUCGGGACGCCGAUGUUGGACCUUCCGUUCUACAGUACUUCUACAAUCUGUAUAUUACAGCUGCUAUGAAGGUAAAAGAUCUUCCUGUCUAUUCGGAAUAUCCAGAGGAAGAUGUGGAAUAUGAGCUCGAAAUGCGGCCACUCAAUCUAGUGGAAAAACAUUUAGUGCAGUACGUGAAACCGGUGAGGUGUACUGUCCAAAAAUGGCUCGCCUGCGUACAAGAAUACACUGGAGACUCUGUUUCUCGGGCUUCCUCCGCAACCAACUCGAUUUACGAACUUGUUCGUGACGAACCCAUAAUAUUGGCACGUGGUGGUUUCAUCACUGUGUGUGGUUUGGGAGGGCUGAUUAUGGGUUACAAAGGUGGAAUUUUUCGGAAGCUGUUUUAUGCUUCCUUGUUUACUGCUGCGGCGACUUCUGCCUGUUAUCCUGCAGCAGCGUACGCUUAUGGAAACAAGGCAUGGAAUAUUGGAACUAAGAAAGCUCUUGAAUGGAAGGAGGAAUAUUUUCCAAAGGUAGGCAGUACCAUUCAUUACAAGCAUA